GAACAAUUUCAAGAAUUUCAGAAAAAAAUUACAUUGUAUAUGAACAGUGCCAAUAAAUCAUGUCACAUGAUUCUCGAAUUGGAAAACAAAUUCAAGAUUUAAAAAUUUUCAGAAUUCCCUUUUUAAAAAUGUCAUCACAAAAAUUUCGUUCAAUACGAACAUUUGAAAAUAAAUUCGUCUAUCUUGAUAUCGAGCUAUGUUUUACGAUCAAACAAGCUACCGUGAUCGAAGUUCGAGAAUUUAAAUUGAUAAUUAUGAAUGCUAUCGAUUCACUUUUAGGCGAAAUUGGUUCGAAAAUCCAAUUUGAUAUUCUCAAGUAUCGUAACAACGAUUGUCGUGCAUUAAUACGUCUAUUGGCAAGAGACUAUGUAAAAUUUCAUCUAUGUCUUUCAUUGUUGAACGAAUGGAAAGAUUCACGUUGUCAAUUUAUAAUCCACAAGACAUCACAUUGUUUAGCAUCCAUUGUUGUAUCCGAUUCUAUUGAAGAUAAUUUGGUCACAGUGCUCGAUGAAUGUGAAUCAAUUUCGUCAUCAUAAUCAUGGAAUCUAUUUAUCGGAAACUAUUUUCUUCGUAUGGAUAUAUGUCUUGUGAUCAAAAAAAGAUUCAUUUCAUAAUUUCAAAUGUUGUAAUAUUUCUCAUAAAUUCAUUGUUUUAUGAUGACAUGCUUUUCAGAUUAUUGUUUUUUUUCCUUGUGAUCUUAUCUCAUUGUGUAAGUGGAAAAAUAAUAAAUAUUGAAUUUUUUGA